CUUCUUUUUUUCAAAUUUAAUUUAACCAAUUUCCAAACUCUCUAUCUCCUCCGCCCUCCUAAAAUCCCACAACCUCCUCCGAUCACUCUUCCGGCGAUCGAUCUUUCACUCAUCGUCGCCUUGGUUCUCUCCCUGAAUUCCAGAAAUUUAUUCAUGAUACUGAAAUUUAGGGCCUGCUACUGAAUUUUGUGGAAGAUUUCUGAGAUCGGUGAAGAUUUAUUGCAGGGAAAAGGAUCUUCUUUGGGAGCAGCUGAUGAUAUUCGUUCCAUAUGGGAAAAAUUAAAGCCUGGGCUGUCUGAUUUUAUAGGUUAAGAACCAUCAAUGUGGAGCAAUUUGGACAGUUUGAAUGGAUGUAUCUGAAUCAGAGCGAGGAUUGUACAAGCACAAGCGCACAGCACUGGAUGCCACAAGACCACCAUUGGUUCCCGCUGAAAAGAACAAUGAAGUCGCUACCUGCCGUCCUCGGACAAGAGAAGUUAGUUCUAGGUACAAAUCACCUACUCCAUCAACCCCUUCAGGUGCCCGCCGUUGUACAUCUCCUAAUCUUUCAAGAACAGCCACAACAAAUUCCCAAUUGGGGCCAAAGAGAGCCCAAUCAGCUGAGAGGAAGCGUCCCUCAACACCACCUUCACCAUGUAGACCAUCAACUCCUGUCCAUGAGUCAUCUGCAGAUAUGCAUUUAUCAUCAAGAAGGCCAUCAACGGGUCGGCUACCAGAGAGUUUAUGGCCUUCCACAAUGAGAAGUCUUAGUGUCUCAUUCCAGUCUGAUACCAUUUCUGUUCGUGUUAGCAAGAAGGAAAAAGAAAAACCGGUUGGUAAUGUUUUCUUGGAUCGCACCUUAAGGCCUUCUUCAAAUGUAGCUCAAAAGCAGCAGCAAGAGACACCUACUUUGUCUAGAAAGUUGACACCAGAGAGGAAAAGGAGUCCUCUUAAAGGGAAGAAUGCACCUGAUCAGUCAGAGAAUGCAAAACCGGCUGAUUGUCUGCCUAGUAGAUCAAUAGAUCAGCAUCGGUGGUCAAGUAGAAUUGGUGGAAAGGCAUCUUCCAAUUCGUUGAAUAAAACUAUGGAUCUGAGAGAAAAGAUGAUCAAGAGUUUAUCUACACCAAUUCCAAGAAUUGGGUUAUCCUCACUGAGGAGAACCCCUGCUUCUGAUGCUUUGGGUAAACCAUUACAGAAAUCUUCUAGUGAUGCUGCAAGAUUGUUAUCACUUCAUGAAAUUGGUAAAGUUGGGUCUGUAGCAAUCUCAGUUGAUGAUAAUUCUCUGCAAUUAUCUGGGCUCGCCAAGAAAGGGCUCCUUUCUACAUGUUCAUUAGACAGAGUGACAACAACAACUACAGCAGUCAAAUCCCAGUCCUUGCCUUAUCCUGGAUCACAUCCUGCAUCACCAAGUAGGACCUCAAUGUUUUCAUCUUCUGUUACUAGAGGUGUCAGUCCAUCGCACGCAAGACCAUCCACUCCUUCAAGAGGAGUCAGCCCAUCUCGGAUAAGGCCAUCUAGUCCAACUAGUCAGUCCAAUAGUUCAACUUCAGUGCUCAGUUUUAUUGCUGAUUUUAAGAAGGGAAGAAAAGGUGUAAGCCACUUAGAGGAUGCUCAUCAGCUACGGCUGCUCUAUAACAGACAUUUGCAGUGGCGAUUUACUAAUGCACAGGCAGAAGAUGUACUUUUUAUACAGAAAGUAACUGCAGAGGAAACUCUGUUAAAUGUUUGGCAUACCACUCUUUGUCUCUGGGAGUCAGUAAUCAAAAAGAGGAUCAAUCUACAACAGCUGAAGCUUGAUCUUAAGAUGAACUCAAUUUUAAAUGAUCAGAUGCCCAACCUCAAUGACUGGGCCUUACUUGAAAGAGAUCAUAUCAGUUCCUUAUCUGGAGCUGUAGAAGAUUUUGAAGCUAGUACUCUCCGUCUUCCAGUAACUGGGGGUGCAAUGGCAGAUAUUGAAUCACUGAAAGCUGCAAUUUGCUCAGCUGUUGAUGUGAUGCAGGCUAUGGGAUCCUCCAUUUGUUCCUUACUUUUAAAGGUGGAAGGGAUAAACAAUUUGGCUUCUGAGCUUGCUGAUGUAGCAGCACAGGAGAAAAGCAUGCUGGAUCAUUGUGAAGCUUUAUUGGCUUCAACAACAGCCCUGCAGGUAGAAGAGUACAGCCUUAGGUCUCAUCUCAUACAAACAAAACAAGCUUUGGAGAGGUCUGAGCAGCCAAUUUUCACAGCCAAAACAUACCCUUGGCACUAACAGGUGUUCUUUGGUUAACAAUCUGCCAAUUUGCCACCGCAACAAAAUAAAUCACACGCUCUGCUGGGUUCAGUAAUUGUAAAUUUAUUAUUUUUUUUCUUUUUAUAUAUUUUUCUUAACCUUAACCGUAAUUUUUCCCUUUGAUUCUUUCCUUUUUCUUUUUAUUAUAAAGAGGGAGCCAUAGGCUUCCAUCUUCUCACGUGUAAUUUUUGUUUCACGCAAAGGAAAGAAAAUUCAGAGCAAACA